AACAGUUGCGACUGCAACGUCAAUUUGUGACGACGGACCGUCCACAGCGUCCUAGUUCCCAUCCAAAGGAUACAAGCAAAACACAAGCAAAUAAUACCAAACCAACCAAAACCCAAGUACAAAAUGCUUGCCUAGCUACAGAAACUGAAACAUUGCGCAUACGCCGCAUAGUGCAAACCAUUAACUGUGAUACAAGUUGAAUUUUCUUGAUUUUCGUUGGUCCUCGCACCAAAGCAACCUACAACUACCUAACUUAUUGUGCUAUCCCCAAACAAAGAAGCCGAAACAGAAGCAAAAUGUCGGUGCCAAUGCUGCUGACACCCAUGGAACCCCAGACCCCGGAGGAUCACAUGCAAAAUUGUGCCGCCUUCGCGGACGGAGCCUCGAUCUCCUAUGGAACCGGAAACGAGCUGGAGUCGGGAACCGGAUCCUCCGCCGCCUGUAAGCCCACUCUGCGGGAGUUCAAUGUGCGACUGGAGGCUCCUCUGGCCGCCGAGGAGCGGCUGGGCCUCACCGGCGAUGUGAAGGCCCUCGGCGAGUGGCAGCUGUCCAGAAGUGUGGCUCUGGAGUCCCUGGACGACCUCAACUGGCAGGCCACGGUGCCCCUUCAGUCCUGCCGCCAGCUGGAGUAUCGCUACUUCGUCUACGUGGAGGAUCUAUCUGGCUACAAGCAGAUCCGUCGUUGGGAGACCCACUUCAAGCCGAGGUCCCUGGGGCCCUGCUCGGAGCUCCAGUGCAGCCAAUUGGAUGUCUUCGGCAUCACCUCGGACAACUCCGAUCUGAAACCGCAGGUUCAUCGCGGCUGGCUGAACAACGAGGCGAUCCUGCAGCUGAAAUUCAACGGGGAGAAGAUGUUCCAGGUGCACGACAUCGAGACCUUUGAUCCCCAGCACGUGCAGCUGAAGAUUGUGCCCGUGGAGCAGACCGCUGGCCUCCAUGUGGAGUACUCCAAACAGGAGUACGGCAGGAGCCAGCUGGAGCAGCAGCCCACCUUCGGGGUGCCCUACACCAAGGGGGACAUUGUCAUCUUCCACAUCACAAUGCCGCUGGAGAGGAUGAUGGAGCAGCACUUCCGUCUGGAGUGCUAUAGCAUGGCCAACGAACUCCUUGGUAGCGCCGGUCUGGGCACUGCCGAGUUGACUGGCAGCGAGGGACUGCUGCACCUGCGGAUCAAAUCGGCCAAGGAUGCGGAUGAGACCCUGGCCAGGCUGAGGCUGCCCUAUGUGGCGGUGCAUCCUUACCGCUACUCACCGCUGGACUUUAAGAACACCUUUGCCCACUACUGGCCCAAGAGCUGGCCGAACUUGGAUGUGGGUCAUCGCGGAAACGGCAAGAGUUACAUUGCAAAUGCUCCAGCGGAGAGGGAGAACACCAUCGCCUCAUUCCUGAGUGCUCAUGAACACCACGCAGACAUGAUCGAGUUGGAUGUCCACUUGACUGCUGACGGAGUGCCUGUAAUAUACCACGAUUUCGGUCUCCGAACUGCCCCGCCCGGCAAGCAGAUCAGCCGACCAGAUCAAUUGGAGUACGUGCUCAUCAAGGACAUUAACUACGAGCUGCUGAAGAGGCUGCGCAUCUUCUCUGUGAUCGCCGGCCAGGUGAGGGAGUAUCCCUCGCACAAUGCCGAACCCAGGAGCGAGCACCGCAUCUUCCCAACGCUGGUGGAGGUGCUGGAGCAGCUGCCCAAAUCUCUGGGCAUCGAUGUGGAGAUCAAGUGGCCACAGCGGCGCCAAGCCGGCGGGUCGGAGGCUGAGCAAACCAUCGACAAGAACUUCUUCGCCGACAAGGUACUCCACCAGGUGAUCCAAAAGGGCUGCGGCAGACCCAUAAUCUUCUCCAGCUUCGAUGCCGACAUGUGCACGAUGCUGAGGUUCAAGCAGAACAUCUUCCCCGUGAUGUUCCUCACGCAGGGAGAGACCAAGAAGUGGCAGCCGUUCCAGGAUCUGCGCACCCGUAACUUCAUGGCGGCCGUGAACAAUGCUCAGGCCUUCGAGCUGGCUGGCACAGCUCCGCACGCCGAGGACUUCCUGGGCGAAAAUGCUCCGGAUAUGCUGCAAAAGGCCAAGGACCUGGGCCAAAUAGCCGUGAUCUGGGGCGACGAUUGCAACUCCAAGGAGCGCGUGCAGUAUUUCACCCGGAUCGGGGCCACCGCCACGUGCUACGAUCGCAGUGAUCUCUUCAUGCCGGAGGGCAAGCAGGAAGCCUUCUUCAAGUCGCCAGCACUGAUGGCCGAGUUCGCAGCCCAGUGCCGGAACUAAAGAAGUAGGGUACUAAAGUGAAACGGGAGGGUAAAUCUAAGCAGUGGUUAAUCAUUAGGCUUUUUAGUUAGCUUGUAUAUUUAUUUAAACACUAACUGGGAAAGAGAAAUGUGAGAAGCUUUAAAGUGGUUGGGUAAUUUGCAGUUUCUCGUUGCCCAACGGAAACAACGAAACGGAGACCCUUAAAUAAAUCGUCUCUACACACGUUAAGCCAUCAUUUGGCAUAAUUACACAUGCAAAAUAGGAAUUCCCCAAAAUUAAGUAGCACCGCAAAAGACAAUGGGAAGAAAGCGAAGCAGAGUUGAGAAUUAUAAAAAUACAUACACCUACAUUACCUGCUAAAUAUCUAUAUAAAUCUAUCUAUACCUCAAUGCAAAACAUGCAAAAAAAAGAAAUUGCUAAUAAUUAAUUAAAUCGUAACACCAAGAAUACCUACUAUUACAAUCUAAAGGGGAAUAUACAUGUAUUCAAUGUGUUGAUGGAACAUCGACAGAUCUUUUUGUGACUUUUGCAAAAAUCUAUUUGAUAUAAAUUAGAGAAAUAUUUUUUUAACUGUUGUACAAUUAAU